UUCUAUAGGCAGAGGAGAUGGAGAUUGCAAACAGCACAGUGGUGAAAGAAUUCAUCCUCCUUGGUCUGACUCAGUCUAGAAAUACUCAACUCCUGGUCUUUGUGCUCAUCUUGAUUUUCUACCUCAUCAUCCUUCCUGGGAAUUUCCUCAUCAUUCUAACCAUCAGAUUAGACCCUGGCCUCUCAGCACCCCUCUACUUCUUUCUGGGAAACUUGGCCUUCCUCGAUGUAUCCUAUGCUUUCAUUGUGGCUCCCAGGAUGCUGGCAGACUUCCUCUCUGAGAAGAAGGUCAUCUCCUACAAGGGCUGCAUCACUCAGCUCUUUUUCUUGCACUUUGUUGGAGGAGGUGAGGGGUUGCUUCUUGUUGUGAUGGCUUUUGACCGCUACAUUGCCAUCUGUCGUCCUUUACACUAUUCAACUGUCAUGAACCCUAGAGCCUGCCACACCUUUCUGUUGGCUCCGUGGCUUGGAGGCUUUGUUCACUCCAUCAUCCAGGUGGCCCUCAUCCUCCACUUGCCCUUCUGUGGUCCAAACCAGCUGGAUAACUUCUUCUGUGAUGUGCCACAGGUCAUCAAGCUGGCCUGCACAGACACCUUUGUGGUGGAGCUCCUGAUGGUCUUCAACAGUGGCCUGCUCACUCUCCUGUGCUUCCUGGGGCUUUUGUCUUCCUAUGCAGUCAUUUUCUGUCAUGUACGUGGGUCAUCUUCUGAGGGGAAGAACAAAGCCCUGUCCACAUGUACCACCCAUGUCAUUAUUAUACUGAUCAUGUUUGGACCUGCCAUCUUCAUCUAUACUCGCCCCUUUAGGGCCUUACCAGUGGACAAGGUGGUUUCCUUUUUCCACACAGUGAUCUUUCCUUUGUUGAAUCCUGUGAUUUAUACUCUUCGAAACCAGGAAGUGAAAUGUGCCAUGAGGAGAUUAUUGAGAUGGCAUGUAGUAUGCUGAAUGGAUUUUAAAAGUUAAGAUGGGGAACGUUGGCUGCUAGUCAUUUAACAAAUAUGGUUUUUCAUUGAUUUCCUUUCAUUUGUCAGGCAUUGCUGUAGGCAAUGAGGGACAGUUAUGCAUAACUAGAGAAAAAGCUUAAUGUAUUUAAAUUAUCUCAAAGAAAUACUAGA